AUGGAAAAUUCUACUUCUCUAAAGCAAGAACAAGAAAACCAAGAGCCGGAGGAAGCAGAGGGGCCAUGGCAAGGAAAGUCAGAAGCUUCUCCCCAAGAUCCUGGUCCCCCAUCACCUGAGUACCAGGAAGAGGAGCAAAGGUCUGACACUGAAGUCCCACCCAGAAUGAGCCCCUCUUGGACCCCCCAGGCUAGGGCCAGCCUGUCUCUGGGAGACCUCACCGCCGGACCAGGAGGGUCAUCCUCCCCUCCUUCGCCUCCUCCGAAGUCUCAUUUUAUUCCUCCCAUGACUGCAGCUACUCAAGAACCUGUUGCUUCAUCACAAGGAGAGAGGUCCCCUACUAACACACCUCAUUCUGAUCCUUGGGAACCAUUUUCUGCUGCAAGACAAUCAGCUUCUUAUUACAGGAGCCAAACAGAGGAAAAUGCCUUCCUGCAGCCUCAGGCACACCAACCUGACCUACAUGGGAUAGGGGAUGUCAGCUGUGACAAGUCCAAGGACAAACGGCUGAGAUUUGACCUUUUACAGGAGGAAGACUCAAACAGUAACUGCGAUCCAGACCAGCCUGGGUUUGGGGCCAAUGAAGCAACCCCCAAUAUGCUUGAGGUGGCCGUGCAGAACGCAAAGGCAUACCUGCAGCAAAGUAGCAGCAAGUCUGGCUUAAAUCUAUAUGAUCAUCUUUCUAAUUUGCUGACCAAAAUACUAGAUGGGCGUCCUGCAGAUGCUGUUGACAUCAUUGAAACUAUAAGCCAAGAUGUGAAAAUGGAACAUUUUAAUAAAAAAUUAGAUACAAUCUGCAAUGAAAAUGAGAUGCUUCCAGCAUAUGAAAUAGCAGAGAAGCAAAAGGCUCUCUUUCUCCAGGGUCAUUUGGAAGGCGCUGAUUCAGAGCUGGAAGAGGAAAUUGCGGAAAGCUCUCUGCCUAAUGUGAUGGAAUCGGCUUAUUAUUUUGAACAAGCUGGAGUUGGUUUGGGGACAGAUGAGACUUACCGAGUAUUUCUUGCCCUCAAGCAACUUACUGACACACAUCCAAUCCAAAGAUGCCGCUUCUGGGGCAAGAUCUUAGGUCUGGAAAUGAAUUAUAUUGUUGCUGAAGUGGAAUUUCGUGAUUGUGAAGAUGAAGAGGAGAUGGAAGAGGAAGGGGUAGCUGAAGAGAGGGACAAUGAAGAAAGUGAAGCCAGUGAAGGCGAGGAGGAUGAAUUACCAAAGUCCUUAUAUAAGGCCCCACAGGCUAUACCUAAGGAAGAAAGUAGAACAGGGGCCAAUAAGUAUGUCUAUUUUGUUUGCAAUGAGCCUGGAAGGCCAUGGGUGAAGUUACCAUCAGUUACUCCUGCACAAAUUGUUACAGCAAGAAAAAUCAAGAAAUUUUUCACUGGGCGACUAGAUGCGGCCGUUGUAAGCUACCCACCCUUCCCAGGAAAUGAGAGCAAUUACUUACGAGCACAAAUUGCCCGGAUUUCAGCAGGCACCCAUGUUAGCCCUCUAGGAUUCUAUCAGUUUGGUGAAGAGGAGGAGGAAGAAGAAGAGGUAGAAGGUGUUCGAAAUAGCUAUGAAGAAAAUCCUAAUUUUGAAGGCAUCCAAGUGACUGACCUGGUGGAAUCUCUGUCCAGCUGGGUUCAUCACGUGCAGUACAUUCUUCCUCAGGGUCGCUGUAGUUGGUUCAACCCUCUACAGAAAAACGAGGAAGAGGAAGAAGAGGAGGAAGAUGAAGAAAAAGGAGAAGAGCCUGACUACAUAGAACCAGAAGUGGGGCCUCCUCUUUUGACACCAAUUUCUGAAGAUUUAGAAAUUCAGAAUAUACCCGCUUGGACAACAAGGCUAUCCUCAAAUCUCAUUCCACAGUAUGCUAUUGCUGUCCUCCGAUCCAAUCUUUGGCCUGGAGCAUAUGCCUUUUGCAAUGGCAAGAAGUUUGAAAACUUCUACAUAGGCUGGGGUCAUAAGUAUAGUGUGGAGAAUUACACACCCCCAGGUCCACCACCAGUUUACCAAGAAUAUCCCAGUGGACCAGAAAUUACAGAAGUGGAUGAUCCCAGUGUGGAAGAGGAACAGGCUUUCAAGACUACACAAGAGGCAGUUGAACUUUCAGCUGAGGAGAACGAAGAAACUGAAGAUGAAGAUGAUGAUGAUGAUGAUGAUGAUGAUGACGACUAAUACAGAAUUAGCCCAGUUUUAUGUGGCACUAACACACACAAAUCU